AUCCGCUCCAAAGUCCCACUCUCACCCACUUUCUACUUGUCAAAGAACCCAAACACUCCAAAGUACAAACACCAACACUCUCGGUAUCUCCGUCUUCCUUCACUCCAACCACCGAACUACCUCCGCUGUCUGCAGCUCCUCCACAUCGUUAUUCUCGCCUUCCUCCACCUCAAAUACCCAUAAAUCCAAAACCACACUCGUUUAUCAUUUCUGUUAUCAUCCCUCUAGAUGGCUUCCUCAGCUCUUGCUCAUUCACUCAUCUCUCCACACAAUUCUCAUUCCCCGAUCUCUAACCGAACCCCUAAAACCCUCUCUGUAUCUUCCUUCAAUGGGUUUUCUAUCCCAAGGAUCUCCAGAUCCCCUCUGGUAUCUAACCAAUCGAAGACAACCCACACCAGUUUAAUCGCCAACUGUGCUUCAACUGCUAGUGAUAGCUCAAAAGAUGAAACCCCAAUUGAACUCAGGUUCCCUGCAUUUCCCACUGUUGUUGAUAUCAAUCAGAUUCGUGAGAUUUUGCCACACCGAUUUCCAUUUCUUUUGGUGGACAGGGUGAUUGAGUACAAUCCAGGAGUUUCAGCCGUUGGCAUCAAGAAUGUGACCAUCAAUGACAACUUUUUCCCUGGCCAUUUUCCUGAUAGACCAAUUAUGCCUGGUGUUCUUAUGGUUGAGGCAAUGGCACAAGUUGGUGGUUUGGUAAUGCUGCAACCGGAAGUGGGCGGCUCACGUGACAGUUUCUUCUUCGCCGGAAUUGACAAGGUGAGGUUCAGAAAACCGGUGGUGGCCGGAGACACUUUGGUCAUGAGAAUGACACUCACAAAGCUUCAAAAACGCUUUGGAAUUGCAAAGAUGGAUGGAAAGGCGUAUGUGGGAGGUGAGGUGGUUUGUGAGGGUGAGUUCUUGAUGGCUAUGGGUAGCAGCGAGUGAUGUUUUUUCUUUUAUUGUAAUAUUUCGUAAGUCGAAAUUUUGAAUAUUUUCGACUUUUGAGUUAAUUUAAGUCCUUUUUUAUUGCUUUAAGUAGAACUUGUAUCAAGUAAAUGAAUCAAUGAGGGUUCGUGUAAUACCCUUUUCUUAAAUGUUAUCUUGAUGUUUUCAAGGUUGAAAUUGUAUGGGAGAUGAUGCUUACAUCCCGGUGUUUUGUUUCACAUUGCUCCAUCUUUUUUGGUAGGACAAAAAAUUGAUAUAUUUGUUCCACUAACUAAUAUAUGUUAAAUAAAGAUGCAUUUGCAACUAUAAAUAACAUAUGAACGAUGAAUUAAGGUUUGAGUUUGUUGGAUAUAUCUAAAUAAAUAAAUUUACAUGUUACAUAAUAACACAACCAUAUUUUCCUUAUAAUCCAAGAGCACCAAGUGGAGUUUUUCCUUGGCCUGCCUCAAAGUAAAAAAUCAACAUUGCCACCAUUGCAAGUCUUGCAUGUUUAAUUUCAGCCAAUUUCAAUCUAUCAAGCUUCUCGGUAUCCGGAAUAUAAACCCCAUUAUUAAGCGUACCCGCAAACGCUAACGGGUCGAAGAAUUUACCACCCGGAUAACCUUGUUCUCCUGUGAAGUUAGCAAAAUUCUCAGCGGUUUUGGACCAAGGGGUGGCCCAGUCAACCGACUGUGAUUCAGGGUUGAAAAAGUCGACCCAUCUCUUGCUCUCCACCCAACCCAUCAGCAGGAGUUGGGUCCCGAGAAGAGAUCCGAAAGAAAAUGGAGCGAUCGCACCCGGGUCUGCUCCGGCUUCGAACCAUGGGAUGCCGCUCCAUGCCUGACCCACAAAGAUACCAAGAACCGCCGCCAUGGCCCACCGCCCGUGGAUAAGCUCCGCUUCCCGGUACCAUUUUAGAAACGCCGGAUCUUUUCCUAGUCCUAGCGGGUCGAACCCGUAGUCUCCCGGGAGCCUGUAGUCGAACCCACUCGGGGUCGAUCAAAUUGCCGCCACCUUUAACGGCGGGGAUCCAAGAUUUCUUGGGAGCAACGGCGGCUGUGAUGACUAACCGCCUAGGAGCCGCUGGCAUGGUGGCGCCACUGGUGGGUGCAGGCAGCAGGGUCUGGCUCCUCUUUCCGCCAGACAAGAAGAGUGAUCCUAAUCCAUUAAGGACAGCAGCAGUGGAGGCAGCUGCCAUUGUUGCUGAGCAAAUAAGGUGGCUGACGGUGGUGUUGGUGGUGACUGAGUGUGUUUGUGUGAGUGUGUGUUUUAGUGAAUUGGGUAUGAAAUUAUAUGGGCAUGUUGAUAUCAAUAGGAAAGAAGUGAAUGGUGCCAGGUAGGAUGAACUGAAAUCUUGGAUAGAUUUUUGGCCAAUCAGAUGAAAGGAUGUUGAUUUCCAUCUGUACC